AUGAAAUUUUCAAGAUUGAUUGGCAGAAUCCUCUUAGCACUUCUAUUCAUCAAUGCUGGCUUAUCUCAGUUAAAUAAUACCGAUCCAUUUGUUUAAUUUGUAAAUGUUAGAUAUCCAUUCUUCUAUGAUUAUGUCCAAAAAUUGACAGGUCAUUCAUUAGAUUGUACAGAAAUUUUAGUAUUAUAUACUUGAUUUUAGAAACCAACAAACUUCAUUAAACAUACUCCAUGUUUAAUUCAAACAAUAGGAGCUGCUUAAAUAAUUUUAGGAUUAGGGGUUGUUAUUGGUAUGCAAGGAGCAGGAUGCUUAUUGGCUUUAUUAAGUGUUAUCAUUACAGUAUUUGCACAUAAUCCUAUCAUAUAUUUAAACAAUGUGUAAUUCUCCAUUUUUAAUUAUAGGAAUGCUUAAGUUGAAUAUCUUAACAUAAUUUUUAAUGUAGGAAUUAUAGGUGCAUUAUUUUUGGUUGGAAAAAGAAGAAAGAAUAAAGGAAGUUGUGGUGUUGGAAGUUGUUUAACUGCACCAAAGGAAGAUAAAAAGGAUUAGAAAAAGGAAGAUAAAAAAGAGGAUAAAAUAAAAGAGGCACAUAAACCUCCCAAAGGUAAAAAAGAAAAAAAAUGAGUAUUUUAAAUGUACAAUUUAAUAUUAUAAAUGGG